CUCAACGCUACGCAGCAGUAUGAAAUUAUUUUUCCCCAUUUGUGUGAUUUUGCUACUGGCUUUAAGCCAAAUUAGUGCAGAUUGCUCUGGAAAUUGCCCUGAUACGGAGGACGUUGUUUGGGCUCUUGGAGGAAGUUGCCAUGUUUUUCGGAACAAGUGCUACUUUGACAAGGAGAACUGCCAUCGCAAGCCGCCACUGAUUAUAACUACCAAGGAGGAGUGCCAGAAGCAAUGCGCCGAUAUUUGUCCCGCUGUUUACCAACCCGCAGGUGGAAUUUACAAGGGACAAGUUCGGAGCUUUGGCAAUGAAUGCGAGAAGUAUGCGCACACCUGUCGAACCGGCGAAACUUUUUUGUAAACCACAUUAAAAGAAGAGACGGCUAAAUAAAAUAAUAUACAUAAAAAAAUCAUGGUUAUUUAUAUAAAGAACUUGUUUACCACAAUCUUAAA